AUGAAAGAAGCCCCAACAUCAUCAUCAUCAUCAUCAUCGGAAGAGGAGGAGAACGAGAACACGCUUUCAAAGUCGGAAAACAACGAAAACGACGAGGACGACGAGAGCGCGCUUUUGUCUCGAGGGCAUCUCUUCGACGCGUUCAAGUUUACGAGCGUUUCGAAAAACCCUCUAGUAAAAAUAUCCACGCGCGUGUUCGAGAAGUUCCUUCCAGAUUUGUUUGUUAAGAGAAGAAGAAGAACGAAAGAAGCGAAUGCGAAGACGAACUUCGCUCGAAAAGUAAAACAAUGGGUAUCUCAAAUCGAGUCGAGUUACCAAGACUCGAUCGACUAUCACAACAGAGCGCACGCGACGGACGUCACGCAAAGUAUAGGGUACAUGUUAGGGAACGGUUUGCGAGAAGAGUUGGACGACGUGGAAGUGUUCGCGUUGAUAUGCACCGCGGUGGCGCACGACUGCGGACAUCCGGGGAAGUCGAAUCUGUUUUUAGUCGAGACGAAGAGCGAGAAGGCGAAGAGAUGGAACAACGAAGCGGUGAACGAGAAUGGGCACGUGGAAUUCGCGAUCGAGGCGUUUGAGAAGUGCGAGGUGUUUCGUAACGACGACGACGACGUUAGGAGUAGUAAUAGAAGAAGCGACGAGAAGAAUAGGAGCGAAGAAAUGAAGGAAACCGUGUACGAGAUUUUGAAGACGGCGAUAUUGUAUACCGAUAUGAACAAACACGAGACGUUAAUAGAGGAUUUUCGAGAGGCGCUGGAGAGAAAUAGAGGUAAAAAAGCAAUCAAAGAGUGGGCGAAGAAAGAGGACGUGCACGUAGCCUUGGGGUACGUUUUGCACUGCGCGGACGUGUUGAACGGAUGCCGUCCUUGGCCGGUCGCCAAGAAAUGGGCCGAGUUGAUCACGGAAGAGUUUUGUAAACAAGGCGACGUGGAGAAGUCGUUGGGAUUCGAAAAAUUAACCGGUGCGCACGUGGACAGGGCUUUACGAACGGAUAUCACGUCUUCGAGGCAGGCGAUUAAGUUUGCCGAGGAAACCGUGAAGCCUUUGUACGGACUGUUGAAGGAAAUCGUGCCCAACGCCGUUGAGCCUUUAUUGACGCAGCUGGAACUGAAUGUAGAAAAACAUCGCGCUUUGAUUCAAGAGAGUCAAAGAUAG